AUGGAGUUUCGUACAACGAGGUCAUGGGAUUUCCUCAACUUUACGCAGAUAGUUAAUAGGAAUCCACAAUGGAAAGUAACGUCAUCAUUGGAAUGUUUGAUAUUGGAAUUUGGCUGGAAUCCAAAUCUUUCAAUGAUAAGGGAUUGCGACCUCCGCCAAGGAAAUGGAAGGGUGCUUGCCAAAAUUAUCGGCGCGCGUUACUAUAAUGGCGGAGGCCUUUACCAGUCGGACGAAGCAUCUCCGCUCGACUUCAUAGGUCACGGGUCGCACACAUCUUCCAUCGCCGCCGGCCGGAGCAUCUCCCAGGCCAGCCUCUACGGCCUCGCGAAGGGCACUGCUCGGGGGGCCGUGCCGUCGGCGAAGCUCGCUGUGUACAAGGUGUGCGCGUCGUUCUUGUGCUACGAGCAUGACAUCUUGGCCGGAUUUGACGAUGCAAUCUCCGAUGGCGUCGACAUCAUCUCCGCGUCAAUCAGCUACCCCUACCAUGCCCAUGAUUACUUCGACGAUGCGAUAGCAAUUGGUUCGUUCCACGCCAUGGCGAACGGGAUUUUAACGUCGACCGCCGCCGGGAACUCAGGGCCAGGUCAUUACUCGGUCGGCAACGUGGCACCGUGGUUGAUAUCGGCGACGGCGAGCAGCAUCGAUAGGCACAUAAUUGGCAGGGUGGUCACGGGAGACAAUGUGUCCACUACGGGAAGAUUAUUCUCUGCAACGCAUGAUGGAAGUUUUAUUGAUAUUGAAGGAAUGAUAUAUGUACAAGAUUUUGAACUUGACGUUUCCUUCUCAUUUCCAAAGCCAGCCAUUAUAGUCAGCUCCGUGGAUGGCUUCAAUCUUUUGCGCUACAUAAACAACACUGAAAAUCCAGUGGCUAACAUCCACAAAAGUGAAGAAAUUUUUUACUCCGAGGCUCCCCAGGUCGCUUCAUUCUCAUCGAAAGGCCCCAACGGCAUCACCCCUGACAUCUUGAAGCCUGAUAUAAGAGCUCCAGGAAUUGACAUUUUGGCCGCUUGGUCAAAGGUUGCGUCAGUAUCCGGCUACUCCAAAGACACAAGGGUCGUAGAGUUCAACAUAAUCUCGGGCAGUUCCAUGGCUUGCCCGCACGUAACCGGCGCCGCCGCCUACGUCAAGUCCUUCCACCCAAACUGA